AUAGCAAUGGAUGUACAAGAAUCUGUAACAGCAAAGGCACAGAGGCAGGUGAUAACAGUAAACGCUGGUGAGAGGGCGGAACUACGAUGUAAUGUGACCGGUCGACCCGAGCCCAAGGUCAUGUGGUACUACAACGCGGAGCCAGUCCCCAAAACAACAGGCAUCAGUAAUGGAGCCAUGGUACUUGUGAUCACCAAGGUGGUGCCAUCUCGUGCUGGGUUCUACCAAUGCCAGGCCUUGAACAACGCUUCCUCGGCCAGUGCCACCAUGAAACUGGAGGUCAAGGGUCAAGGUCUUGACCCAACAGGUAACACAGAUGAGACAACUAUUGGUGUGACCGAGAGUGACCAGGCAGGGACAAAUGAGACCACGUCGGAGAACUUGAAGGUCAACGGAGACGUCAAAACCCCAAAACGAAAAAGGCCAAAUAAAAAUGGUGGUCGUAAAAACAGGAGGAAGGGGAAGAAAAAUAAGAGAAAGAGGAAGAAAAAGAAGAAGAAGAAGGGCAAAGCCAAACUGGUCCCCCCUUCUCGGCCACAUGUUGACCAACUGUCCGACACCUCGGUCAAGCUGAACUGGACAGUGCCACAGAAUGAUGGCCUCCCGAUCGUGUUUUUCCGCGUGCAGUACAAGGAGGUUGCCCCUAACAAGGCCAGCUGGCACACCGACGACCGCGACAUUGACAAGGACACCACCAUGUAUGAAGUGUCAAAUCUCAAACCAGGAGGAAUUUACAAGUUUCGUAUCGCGGCUGUGUAUUCUAAUAAUGACAACGAGGUCGGCCAGAACUCUCACCGCUUCUUCAUGAAGGUUGCUACUGCUGGCAAGGCCCAUCCUCCGGUAGACAGACCCACCAUUGUGGAAGCCAUGCCACUCCACAACAAGGAACAUGGGAAGGAUGUCUUUGGUAUUGGCAUUAAGUGGCAGUAUAUCCUGACAGAAUCCUCGCCAAUUGAGGGCUUCUUCAUCUUCUACAAACCCUACGACUCAAAAGAUCAAUGGAAGAAAAUCACAAUCCUUGAAACCAAAGUUCGUGGACAUGUGUUGGGCUAUCUCAAGCCAGAUACCGAAUACAGUAUUCGCAUGCUAUGUUUCAACUCAGCCGGGAACAGCGACAGUAGCAAUACUGUUGUAAAGAGAACUUUGGCGCUGACCAAACCCCCAAAAGUAUUCCCGUUUGAGCCAGUCACUGACAAGGUCGAUACAGUAGACAUGCCGUCCCCAGACAAGCCUCGGGUCGAAGAGCCACGCAACCCCACCCAGAGGGGGGAUGGUAUCGCCACAGAUAAGACCAGCACCCAGUCCAGCAGUGAGACUCUCUACAUGGUGCUGGGAAUUGUCCUUGGUGUCAUGUUGUUGCUGUUGUUUGUGUUCAUCGUCAUGUGCUGGUGGAAACAACGACAACAACGUCGUAUGAUGGCCAUGAAUGGGAUGAUCCACUCCAAGUACCAGGACCAAGCCCAAAGAAUCUACAGCGAGUCAAUGAGGAAGAAAUACAUGAAUGGUUACCCACUCAACGGCCUCAAUGGACUGGUUGCUAACGGACACGGUCCCCAUGGCAACAGUAACCAUAACAACAAGAUGAACAUCAACGUGAACCCGAUAUCUGAAGUGGAAUGUCAAAUGAUUAACUCCCAGGCUGGGAAAGGAGGUGUACCUAAUCACAACCUUGUGCCGAACGGGUCCAUACCUCACUACAGUGGCCCCCACAGCACCAGCGACAACAACUUCAACAGCAUCAACACUGCUAAAAGCAUUGAUGAUAUUCCCCCAGAUCAACCUUUGUUGGACCAAAAUGGCGGCACAAGAAACGGAGAAAAACAGCUUCAUGAUCCUGCUGUGUUGUACCGACUAGGUCAAAGGUCAAGUUCUUUGCAACAUGUGCAACCCCAAGGUCAUGGACAUUCGUCCAAUGAAGCAGACAUGUCUGGUGCGGAGACAAGUAGUCAAAAAUCUCCCAGAAUGCAUGUGCCAGGCGGAGUCGAGUGUUUCCACCCAAAUGAUAGACAGCUUCGAACUUUUGAUGGUGGGACAAGCCCCAAUAUAUUCAGUGCCAGAAACACUAUGGACUGUCUGUCGCCGAGCGACCAUAUUUCAGGGAAUCAUGGGAAGCAUAAACGGCGCGUCGCAAGAGGCCGCACAGCCGUGAACACACAACAAAGGAUCAAGCUACAAAUACAGACUUGAGUAGCAACGAGGGAACGAUAGAGUUCACAACGUUUAACAAGUCCCCAUCGCUUUCGUCUGACAAGUCUCAGUCUUUCACGAACUGUGCCACACAAUGUACAGACUACUCUCAUAUGAAUGGGGCACUCUGACAAAAGGAAGUGCGCGAGGGUUGAGAUUAUAACGAGAAAUUCAAGCACAGUGAUAUGAACUGAAUAUAGCUGUUUGUACAUAUAAAUUAUCUGAACAGGGGCAUGGCAGGCUCAAGUCUCGUUCAAGGAGAUUUGACGUGGAACAUUCGGAUUGGGACGAAUGUCCAGAUCUUGUAACCAACAAGAGAUAUUUUCAAUGGAUGAAAUUGGUGCAAAACUGCUGAGAUUCGAAAUGGAUAUUUAUCAUGGAGUGUUGCCAUGGAAACUGUGGAGCCAUUUUCAAAAUGAGGCUGUGAAGAGAAAUGGCAGAAUGUGACAGGCUUUGAUGGUGGAGAAGACACUCUUUGUGAAGGAAAGUCUGUGUGCAUUUGGGCUUGCUUAAUGCACUGUAUUAUACGAACGAUUGAACCUAGCCGUUUUAUAUUCAGGGACCGACAUGCUAAAAACUGUCACGCAAGAAGUAUUGAAAGAACAUUACAGCGUUUCAAGUAUUUUUGGCAGCUUUUGCAAACAGAUGAAGGACUGUUAAAGGCUGGACGGAUAAAUCAUGCUCUGGAAGUGCAUUAGAGGCUGAACGGAUAAAGUGUGCUGACACAGCCUGUUGUUGGUGUUGUUGAAAGACGGUAUUUACCGACGCUGCAGAAGCAGCUAGUAGCCACCUCAGUCACGAAAAGAUAUAUUCACACACUUUCAGAUUUUUUUUGAACGUUGUUUCAAAAAAAAGAUUUGCUCAACUUAGGGUAACUGUAUAGCAUCUAGAAGGCAAAACGAGAAGAUAUGUUAAAUUAUGACUUUUAUGUACUUACUGUAUAUAAGGGUUCCUCAGUAUUAAGCCUAUAUUUUUGUUGUUUCAUAAGAAAUAGAGUCUUAUGUAAAUUGUGUUGAAUUUGUGGGCAUACUACCUUACACCUUUACUUGUGACGUUUGAAGAGUUUGAAAUCAAUGCCUGACCAGAAUAUAUGGGACAUUUUGUAUAUUUUCUACAAAAUAGGGCACUUUUUUUACAGGUCAUGCUUGUGUCUGCUUUUUUAGGCAACUGCCACUUCAUUUAUCAAAUUAACGAUCCUGGAAGUAACAAAUACUCAUGUUGCCAUAAUAUCACAAUUAUAGUAUUUUCAAGUUGUGAAAAAUAACUUAAUGUUUCAACAGAACUUUGUUUGGUUUUAAGGGGAAUUUGGCCGUACUAUACUUUUUUUUAGAAAUUGACACUGCAGAGGAUUUUAGGAGUGAUUCUAGCGUCACAGAUUUCAUUUCCAUCUUUUAUAAAAAAAACACAUGGUGUACAAUAUUGUGUAAAUCUGAUGAUCAGUAUUACAGCUCCUAUAACCUUGGAUGAAGAACAUCUGGUUCCGACACCCAGAAACUGCUUGUCUGACCUACAUCAGGCCAUUCGACCACGCUUGUUAAAUUGUCUGCUCAGAAAUUAAUUGAAUUGUCUUAAUGCUAAUCAAGGUAUACGAUUUUAAUGGUUGUGGAGUUCAGUGAACACGUAUCUCAGGGUUGUUAACAGAUGAUUUUCCUGUCACAAUGAAUUUCAAACUCUUCAAAUUCCUGUAAUUUAAUGAUGAAUGUAACAAGCAGUACUUGAAAACAGACUUGAAAAAAAUAUUUUGUGUCAAUUAGAAGUAUUGAAAAUGCUAAUUUGAAGAAAUAGUUUGUUGGAAAGUAGUACUAAGUAUUUGAGUUUGUUCAGUGCGAUAAGGUCAACUGGUGUUACACUUAGUUCUAAGUUACACAAUUGAGGGGUAAGGUUACACCAAGCAAGUUCGUAGACUUCCUGGGUAGGUAUGUCAUACAGGUGCGUGAUAUGGAGGGAUUGUAUGAGUGAGUGAGUGGUCAUACGUGGUAUAAAUGUUUAUAACUGGUUACGUUUUAGUGUAACUGGCACGUUACAGUAAUAUGGAAACACAUCUGACAACAGUCACAUAGGAAUAUUUUACACUUAAGUGUAAUUGGUUCAAUUCUGAUGUAAUGUUAGCAAAUUACCCUUAAGUGUAACAGACUUGUAUUUGUGUUAAACAUGUGUACUUUGUUAUGAAGUUACACUUAAGUGUAAUUGUGUAUACAUGGUGUGACCAAACUGUAGUGUGUAUUUUUACAUGGUCGAGUAUGAAUGAAGUGUUAAAUGGGUGUUGCCACCAGCAAGUGUUGUGUUAAGAGCGAGUGCAAGGUGUUAAAGUAUUAUUAACACAUGGGUGAUAUAAAGUGUAACAGUACACGAACAUCGAAACAAAUGAGUGUGGUGCAGAUGAAAGUUGGAAGCAGGACGUUGGUUUUAGGAUUUUAGAAGAAAUAAUAUUCUCAAAUAUAUAUUUCAUGUUUUACGAGGUAAUCUAUGUGGAAAUUAAAUUUCCCCUGCUUGCAUUUUUCACCGUCAAGACAAGCGUUUGUUAAGCCAUCGAUCAUUGGCUAAUGUUGACAAUACUCAGCACAGUUGCAUUAUGGGUAGGGUACCAGUGUCGCACAAUAAGUAAAGAUAAAAUUGAGAAAAUACAAUAUGUUGAUUUAUUAGAUGCAUUUUGAAGGUAAAUGUUUUUCUUUAAAAAAGCAGCCGUGCUGUUUUUUUAAAUCUUUAUACCAAUUAUAGUUCUGUGCCACAAAAUACCUCAGAUUUCUUUUUGCAGAUUUGUUUGCAAUAGCGUAAGGUACAACAUGGGAUGUGUCCUGUUUUGAAAUGCUUCAAAAUGCAAUAUGGGAUGUGUCCUGUUUUGAAAUGCUUCAAAAUGCAAUAUUGGAUGUGUCCUGUUUUGUUCUGGCAAUACAUUCUACUGUUUGGCCUGCAGAUGGUUGAGCCCAUCUGACUAUUCUGGUGAAGGGCAUUUUGAAGAUUGGACACAUCUCAACCAUCUACAUCCAAUAUCAGUCUGGGCCAUUCCACGGGUUGGGAUAUGUCCUGUUUUCAACCUGGCAGAUUUCAAGACAUUGUGGGACAUUGGUGCCCAGGCUUCCCAAUGUGAUAUUAUCUUCUACUGCAAUACUUGGCACGGCAGCCGCGCAUUUCACAUACCAAGUUUCAUAGAUCCACAAAACAUUAGAGAGCUAUUAAUGAGAUGACACACCUGAUGCAGCUGCACUAGAAGCAGCUGUUCAGAUCAAACGAAAAAAAAGUCUUCUAAGCAUUUACCGCCUUAUAAAAGGGAGAGAACUCUUCCAAAGUAUUCCAUAAACUGCACUUCCAACAUUGAUGUAUCAAUAGCUUGGUCUUGCUGGAGUGUUCAAGCCUCUCUUCUCUCCAAAAAAGCUCAUCUUUCUUAAUAGAUGUGAACGUCUUUUUAAAUGUUUUUACAUAGAAGGAUCAUCAGUUUUGAUUCAGUGAGAAUUUCUGGUUACUGUUAUAAAUAGAAAAAUUAAAAUUAUUAUUUUCAUUUGCUCUUUGCUCUAAAUACAUAAAAGUAAAUUAUGUUACUUUUCAAACGCAGGUUGUGUCAAGUGUGAGUGUUGAGAAGAAUUAUCAAACAGGUUUUCACUCAUUAGCGUCUGUAACAUGUCUAUGAUAUUAGGAAACUAUGCAAUUUCAAACAUAGCAAUCUCGUUAUAUAUUAUCUAUUUCGCCUACACCUAGUAUGCAAAAUAAGCCAUUUUGUAUUUUGAAAACUACUUAAGUAAUUUUGUGGAUGCACCUCUUGCCAUUGUGAGAAAUUGUCUGUGAGUGGGACUGUCUUCAAAUUCGAAAAUCAAACAGUUGGAUCAAAGUAAAUUUGAAAAUCAAACAGUUGGUUCAAAUUUGAAAAUCAAACAGUUGGUCUAAAGUAAAUUUAAAAAACCAAACAGUUGGUCUAAAGUAAAUUUAAAAAACCAAACAGUUGGUCUAAAGUAAAUUUAAAAAACCAAACAGUUGGUCUGAAGUAAAUUUGAAAACCAAACCGUUGGUCUAAAGUAAAUUUGAAAACCAAACAGUUGGUUCACAGUAAAUUUGAAAACGGUUGAAAGUAAAUGUGAAAAUCCAAUAAGAAAAACUAGAAUCUCCAACUUUUGUAAGUGGGUAUGUGUAACUGCCAGAUGAAUAUAUCAAGUACUUAGGCAAGUGUAUGUGUUAUGUUUAAUGAAAGCCAAGACAUGUAAGUGUAAAUGUUAUUCAGAUUUGAAAACAGUGCCCCAUAGUAGAAGUCAAACCCAUCAUUGAAAUCAGGGUCCAGGGAUUGUGGGCAAUCCUCCGUCUUCCUCAGUCACAUGACUGUCAGGUGAUAUGCUUUCUUAUGUGAUCACAUGACUGUCAUGUGACACUCUGUCUUAUUGUGGUCACCAUUGUGUAAAUACUCGUCAAUAAAUGUAUAAUAAAUGAAAUUAACUAUG